AUGGAUAGACACGUGUUCGGCAAUAGCUGUGAUGACAACUGUCCUACGUCAAGUGAAACCGAGGGAAAUGAUGGAAACCCCUUCAACUUCAAUCCUCAAGUGAUACACCUGCCCAAGGACCACGAGUUAUUUGAGGAUGGAGACAUUCAGAGACACAUGUACUUGCAAAACCUCUACAUCUCAGCAGCAGAUGAGGAGCCCUCGCUUAGGGUGGCAGAGUUUGCUUGCCACAUUUCAGGCUGUUCUGCAACUUUUCAAGCUCUGCCCGAGUACGAGCACCAUUAUAACUCACUGCACAGACAUGUGUGUUGCAUGUGCCGUCGCUCCCUUCCCACCGCUCGCCUCCUUGACAUUCACAUACAGGAGUGGCACGACUCUCUCUUUGCUGUUUUGACACUCAAACAAGACAUGUACCAGUGUUUGGUGGAGGGCUGUGGACUGAAGUUUAGGACAACAAAGGACAGAAAGGACCACUUAAUAAAUAUUCACAAAUAUCCACCAGACUUCAGAUUUGAUAAAAUAAAAAAAGAUUCGAGGUCCAAGAGAGCACAGAGUGGCACAGAGAUGGAGCUGUGUGAGCCUGAGGGUGGAUGUGAAGUUGACUGCAGUGGUUCAUCAAGCCAAGACCUAGAGCCUGUUAAAAUGAACAUUUCAGAGGAAAAUGCCAGCCCAAUGGAGACAUCUGUUCCCAUAGCCCCUGAUCCAGCUGUUACAGCGAAACCUCAAUACUCUUACAGGGUUCCUUCAAAUGUUUGCUUUGGUCAAGGUUCAGUCCGUGGAUUCAGAGGACGUCAAGGAAAGAGAAAGUAA